UAAAUCAUAAAAACAUUGAUUCUAGACAAUUAACUCAUGUUAUAUAUCCAAAAAAUAGUUAAAUGUAAUGUGUUAAAAAGAAGUGAUUAUGACAUGCGAGUGACAAAUAAGUUGAUUUAGGUGUCCACUAAUCAAUGGGUUAACCUGACAAAUUGAGGACCUCUCUCAGGGGCCCUAGAGUGAAUAUAUGAAGUGUAGCUUUUGAACAGCUUGUAAUAUUUGUAACUAUACUCAUUUUCAUGCAAUUUUGUUGGGCCCCCUUUUUCACCUUCCCUAGCAGCAAAACCAUGGCAGUUUCUUGGGUAGCAUCCUUUUGAAUUUGGGAAAACAAAACUAACACUGCUCAUCUCUAAGUCACUACCGUUGAUACUUCUUCAGAGACUCAGUGUGUUUUCCUGAAACAGGUUGCCCUCUCACGUGCUUUGCUUUUCGUAGUUUAACGUAAUUUUUUAAUUUUGGGUUUUAGCAUUCCCUCUCUAUCUUAAGCUUGAUUGGAGUAUAAGAGUAAUGAGUCUCAGACUUUUCUAUUUCUUUGAUGAAGUUUCUUUGUUAGGCUAGUUAUAUGCAUAUAAUCGACGUAUUAAGUGUUAGAGCGAGGGAGGAAGAGAAGAUGGCAUUAGAAGCAAUGCCUAACUGCAAUGAUAUCUUUAACUUCAUGGUAUAUGAAACUCUGAAUGCUCCUAUAUAUGGAAGUAAUUUUGGCAUUAUGGAAGAUGUUGUCGUUGUGGAACAGCCUAAAGUCCUCGGUGGUACGUCUGGAUGUCCGAGUCAUAGAACAGACAGCCGGAGGGUGAAUUUGGGGGUGCAAGGAAAGAAGAAGAGGAGGAGAAAGCCAAAAGUUUGCAAGAACAAGGAAGAAGCUGAGACACAGAGGAUGACUCAUAUUACUGUCGAGAGGAAUCGUCGUAAGCAGAUGAAUGAGCACCUUGCUGUUCUACGAUCCCUCAUGCCUGAAUCUUAUGCUCAAAGGGGUGACCAGGCUUCAAUUGUUGGUGGUGCCAUAGAAUUUGUGAAGGAGCUUGAGCAUCUUGUGCAUUCCCUCGAAGUUCAGAAAAUGAUCAUGCUACAGCAAGCAGAAAUUACGAGAUCAGAAACCGGUCACAGUACUCCCACCACCACACACAAUAACAGCACAUUGCUAACUCCAUUACCAGAAUUUUUCUCUGAUUCUGAUCACUCUUUCUCUCAACUUGGUAACAAGUAUACCUUAAAGAGCAAAGCUGCAGCAGCCGAAGUUGAGGUCACCUUGAUCGAAACCCAUGCAAAUAUCAGAAUCCUUUCGAAGAAAAACCCAAGGCAAUUAUCAAAAUUGGUCUCUGGCUUCCAUACAUUUCGUUUCACCAUCCUUCAUCUUAGUGUCACCACCUUGGAACCUUUAGUCCUGUAUUCCAUCAGCGCGAAGGUGGAAGAGGGUUGCCAGCUCAAUUCUGUAGAUAGUAUUGCAGAGGGAGUUCAUCACAUGCUUAGAAUAAUUGAGCAAGAUGUUGCUCCUUCAUUCCUAGCAUAUUAGCUCCUUUAGCUUUUAGAUUUUCAUUUAAGUACCUCUUUGUGAUAUUUCAUUGUUACCCAUGUCACGGGCACGUAAAAACGGUAUGGGACCGUAAUUUGUGGCUUAGUUUUGUUAAAUGUAUCCCAAAGUGUACCAUGGUACAUAUGCACCACGUACCAAUUCACACGCUCUAUAUAGUGGUUCACGAGGGUGAAUAGUGAAUUAGGUAACACUACAAUAUCCUUGCUUGUUUCUUAAUAAUCUAAAUAGGCUUCCAAGCAAAUUAUCUUUGUUGUUGAAAGGUUUUCAGGGUUCACAAUUAGAUUGAUCAUGAAAUUCACAGUAGUGCUUGGAUUGUGUUAUUAUUUAUUCAAGUUUGUACUAUUUACUAUGUAGUUUGCUUACAAACAUGAACACUGUAAUGAAGAUUGACAAUAUAAUCUUUAUCCUAGAGGCUCAAAGUAUCACAAUUGGGUCAACUUCUUGAAUCUUAACUCGUUACUCAUUGGGCUUCGGUCGUAAAUGGCCCAACUGAUCAAUGAUAAUAUUUCCUCGGCCCAUAUAUCCAAGAUCAUUGAUGUUAGAUGCUAAAAUUCAGUUUCAUCUUUCAUGUGUAAUAUUAUGCACUGCUAUAGCCUAUACUCCUUCCCCGUGAGGGUAUGGCCUUAAAGAUAAUUUUCCUUUUUUUUUUUUUUUGAAGGGAAGAUAAUUUUCCAUCUUGAGAUAAAAAGGAUUCUAUAUUUCUAUGCCAUUCAUUCAUUCUAGUGUGUAAAUAAUCAAACCAAAGUCAAUAUUGAUUGUACUCAUUUUUAGGGCUUUAUACACAUUUUGUUAUGCUUCUUAGGUUGGAAACUAACUUAUAUUUCGUAUAACCUUAAGGGACAAACUAUGCAUUCCUUUAAAUUUUGAGAGAGGAAAAAAAAAAAAAAAAAACCCUCAAAAUUGGUCCGAAAACAUAUAUUAUAACCUUCAUUUUUUUUUAGCAAUUUUUUUACUUUUUCGGACCCAAUAUAUAAAAAAGGUUGGGGUGCUUCUCAUUGACCCAAUGAUACCUCGGGAGGCCAUUUGAAUAGUUAGAACUAUCCAUCUUGCCUUUAAAUCGUCAAUUUAGCCAUUUAUGUACAUGUUUCCCUUAAUCAACUCAACUCAACUCAACACGGGAAUUUAUAUGACUAAUUAGUGAUUAUAUACAGUUCUAAACAAUAUUAUAUGAGUUCAGUUUUUUACACUUUUUCUCUUUUUUCAGUCUUGUAAAGGAUAAAGGACGAGUGCUUCCUAUGGACCCCUCCACAUCUCUGAAGGCCAUUUAAAUGAAUGGAAUCUUCUAAUCUAUUUAACUUUAAAUUGUAAUUUUAGUUUUAUACGUAAGUGUAUGCCUCUUUUCAUUAAUUAGAUCAAGGCAAUUUCGAGACUUUACGUGACAGAGUAAUGGUUGUAUGUGGUUCCAAAUAACUUUAUAUGACCCUAGGAUGCAUCCCCUACAAUCUCGAGAAUUUUCAACAUUGGUGUUGUAACCGCUGAAAUUAGUCUGGUUUUAUUAGAGUACAAUAGCCUUCUUAUUUGGAUUC